CACACUAUACAUACCAGACUCCAUUUACAGAGAUCUCUCUUUCUCUUUCUCUCUCUCUCUCUCUCUCGCUUUAAAUCCGUACUUCUUCACUCACUCAAGAGUAACGAUUUCUUUGAAAUUAUCUGCUUGGCUGUCUUCAGAGCAAAACCCCCAAUUUGCAGAAGUGGUUUCUUUUGAAUUGUUAUUUUUAUUCGUCUUCUCUGCGAAAAUUCUGAGGAGACCCACAAGGCGACGAAUCGAAAGCGCGUGAAAAUAUGGUUUAGUGCUUUAAGGGGUUUAUUACCAUUAAUUUGAGAGUAUAAAGGACUGCAGAGAUUUCUAGUACUUCUGUUACUUCUGGGUGCUGGUACUACUCUGUUUUCCUCUGGUUUAUUUUUUUUUCUUUUGUGUACUUUUUGGGUUCGCCAUAGAUUUCUCUCUGUGGAGAGUUCUGCGUGGAUCUGAUGAUUUGAAGAAGAGCUUCUGCUUGGUUCCCGAGAAAUAAAAAGGAAAGGAAAAGGAAGAAGAUUCUGUCCGAGCAUUUGCGAUUUUUGUUGUAUCCCCAAAGAGGAAGAUUCGACGUACUCAACUUUCCAUUCUCGGUCUUGAAAAUUAAAAGACUCUCUCCCAAACACAAAUCAAAAUCUACUUGACAGCAGCAAAGCCGCUAAAGAGUACGAUAUUCAGAUUCCGAGAGGCAUACCUGAAAUGGGAAAGACAAAUGGCAGCAGAGACUGGACGCAGAUCUACGCAAUCUACGGCAUGGACCAGUGGCAAACUCUGGUGUUCAUACUGUCCCAUGCUCUCUUCUUCUCCAUUUUGUCCGUGCUCUUCUUAUUCUACUUCGAUCCGAUUUGCGGCUUCUUCGAGUCUUUCCUGCUCUCCAGCGCCGGCGCCGCACGCCUCGCCGCCGGAUUCAGCGGCUCCGUCAUGGCUCUCUCCGCCGUCUGUCUCUUCUUCGCCGCUGCCAACUUCUUCUACUCCGCCGUGCCGCUACACUACGACAUGGCGCAGCGCAUGGUAGGCUCGGUCGGCGACUGGUCCACCGUCAAGCUCGCACUAGACCUCGGUUGCGGCCGCGGAAUCCUGCUCAAUGCGGUGGCCACGCAACUUAAGAAGACUGGGAGCUCGGGUCGGGUCGUCGGGUUGGACCGCUCCAAACGGACCACCCUCUCCACUCUCCGAACGGCCAACAUGGAAGGGGUACAAGAGUAUGUCACGUGCCGGGAGGGUGACGUGAGGAGGCUGCCGUUCGGGGAUAACUACUUCGACGUGGUGGUAUCCGGCGUAUUCGUCCACACCGUCGGGAAAGAGUACGGCCAUCGGACGGUGGAGGCUUCGGCGGAGAGAGUCAGAGUGUUGGGGGAGAUGGUUCGGGUGCUGAAGCCCGGUGGGGUAGGAGUCGUGUGGGACCUACUCCACGUGCCGGAAUACGUCCGUCGAUUGCAGGAACUGAAGAUGGAGGAGAUAAGAGUGUCGGAACGCGUAACGGCGUUUAUGGUCAGCAGCCACAUCGUGUCUUUCCGCAAGCCGAGUGAGGAAAUUGCGGGGCCAGGGGAAGUCCGUCUUGACUGGAGAUGCUGACUUGGAAACACGUGGGUUUAUAUUAUAGGGCUGUUAGGCUGUAGGAGGAGGAGAUAUAUUAAUUAAUUAAUUAAAAAAAAAGGGAUAAAAAUUUAGAAGAAAAUUAGAAAUAUACAUAUAAAAAAAAAAAAAAAAUAAAUACAUUUUUUUUUUUUGGUUUUAAAUUUUAGAAAUUAGAAAUUAGAAACGAUGAUAAAAUCCACCAUUGUCUGGGGAGACGAAGCCGAACCAGAUGCUUUGAUGGGGGAUAUUAUUAUAUAAUGUAUGUACACACAUAUAAUGUAUGAUGAUGAUCAUGGUGAUCAAUACGAACAUCGCUUAGAGAA